CGCUCAGUGCGGCCAGACCGUGAGCCGCGACCUCCGCACAGGUGGUCGCGCCGGUCUCCGCGGAAAUGUUGCCCAAAGUUCUUCCAGUCCUCCUGGGCAUCUUAUUGAUCCUCCAGUCGAGGUGAGUCUCCAUCGCGGGACCCGGGAGCCCUUCGCGCCCAGCUCCCUCUCCCCGGGAGCAGGGACGGCUCCCGGGACCCCUGCGGCCCCGCGUUCCUCGAGCCCCGCGCCCGCUUUGCCCCGGCCCUAGCGCGGGCUGGCCGAGUCCCGCGUCCCCUCGAUGCGCGGCAGCCUCGGCCCGCCUCACUGUAGGGUGGGCUCCCGGGGUCCUUGAAGGGGAGCUCCAAAAGGAAGACAGGACGCCAAAAGGAAGACGGGACUCCCGUUCGCGGAUUCCCGCUCUCAGAAGCACUGCGGUGGCCUGGUGACAAGCACUCCUUCUCGGAGUCUUGCGCAGGAACAGGGGAGCGGCCCCGGGGUGACCGGCCAGGGCAGGCUUCAGCUACUGAGGGGCCGGAGGUGCAUUUUGAGAAGGGGGUGCGCGGGCUGAGGGAGCUUAACUGCGCCAAAAAUGUGUGAGUGUUGCGUCGUCUGUUCUCUGCUGCUCACAUUUUUUUAAGAGUGCCUACUGAGUUCCAGGCACUGCGCCAGGCAACUCUGACUUUACUUGCUUCCCAUGCCGCUGCUCCUGUUGGUGCCAGUCUCAGGCAUGAGCUCUGGUUUAGUCUAAGGGUUCCCGCACCAGCUAUGCCCCCUCUCCACCGCUGACAGUCUCCCCCUUCCUUAACUCGUCCCUAGGCACCCUGCUGGGCCUUGGGCAGACUGGAGCCAGAGGCCAGGAAUAUUAUUCUCCUCUGAAGUCUGUGGUUUGGGCCGUAGAUUUCAAUCCCCUUCUCCCUUUUCAGGUUUCCCUUGAACAACCAUCUUCCCUCACACCUUCUCCUCGCCCUGAGACUUGGCUAGGAAGGUUGUGCCCUGGAUUUGUGGCUUUUUGGGGUGGAAGAUGACUGCUUCGUUUUGUUGUUGUUGUUGUUUUGAGAUGGUUCCUGCUGUGUGUGAAGUGUCACAAAUUUGCAAGCUUCCUGAUCUGUGGAGCUUUCUCGACGUUUCCAUGGCACUGGGCUUGUGUCUUGUUUAUCUGUUGUGGGGAGGGGGGGUGGCUUCUCUCCCUACCCCAGAUUGCGUUAGCUCUUCAGAGAAGGGUGUGUGUGGCUGCUUGCUGGCUCACUGGUGCCCUGGAGUGGGGCUAGCCUCAGCAGGGGCUUGGUAAAUGUUUUUCUAUGCGUGCCAGCAAUUUCCAGUCAUCCACAUCCCUCAAAAUGGGAUUUGGACUAGUUGAGAAAGCUGACGUGGUGACUGGCUAGGGCAAAAGAUGGCUCUGGGGUGAGGGAAAUAAGAAGGGGUGGUUAGAGAGGAAAAUAGCAGGGAAAAGGGGCUGGGGAAAUGGAAACUACCCUUCAAGCAUAGCAAUCUGUGGUGUCAGGAAAGAGCUGGGGAGGUGACAAUGGGGUGUACUGGGCCACACUGAAUCAGAAGACCUCUCCCUGGUCCAGGCUUAGCCUCAAAUUAGUUGUGUGACUUGGGGCACAGUCCUUCCUCUAUCUGGGCCUCAGUUUGUCCAUCUGUAGAAUGAAAAAAAGAUCUGAUUUAGAAAAAAAUCCAACAUCUUUUCUUAUGCGCCCCCGCCUCCCCCCCCACUUCUGACACCACCAGCAGUCUACUGUUUGGGAGGGGGUAGUGCAGAGAUUCAACUUCAUGCUGGACCAUUAUGUCUAGAGACAUGUGAAGGCCUGAAAAACUGCCCUGGAAAAUCCCACUAUUCCAAUGUAUGAGUGUUUUUCAAGUUUUUAUUCUGUCUAGCCCCGAAGGUGAGCUUAAUGGCUGGCUGGGGAAAGGUAUGCAUUGUCAGCAGCUCUUUAACCCCAAGGACCUCAAGAUGAGGUUUUGUUUUGUUUGUUUGUUGUUGUGUUUUUUUUUAACUGGCAAAAGCCAAUUUUCGGAUUAAAGCCACCUUAUGACCCUCUGAUAUCAUUUUAUUGCAGACCUAAUCUAGGGGCAGGAGGGCUUUGGUGGUCUCAGUGCUUUCAGGUUUAUUUGUUUGCCUCUGCACUUUUAAACUUGGGGCAGCGGGGAGGAUCUUGUCCAUGGAUUUCAGACAUCUGGGAGGGGCUGCUUCAGGCUUUUAGGUGGUCCUGUCUGGCAGUGCUCAGUCUACCACUGACUACCGGUUCUGAUUGUGCCACGUUUCCAGCCACGUCACUCAUUUUGCAGGGUCUCAGAUCUCCAUUUUUCCUCCUCUCUUCCCAUAGUCACUGGCCCUUAUCUUUUGAGAUGGCUGGGAGUUUGGCCUCAGGCAAAGAGGACGUCUUCUAGAUACGGCAUUUGAAAGUAGAAACCGUAUUUUCCAAGCCCAGUUCUUCCCUCGCCCACAAUGGGAAGUAGCCACUUCAGACAUGAGAAAUGGUGUGGAUUUGGCACAUCUGUAUGCCACUUAAGCAAUUCUAACAGCUUGAAAUACUGCAGAAAAAAAUGCGUUUUGCUUCUCAAGUUGGCAGUCCCUUGGUCUGCAAUACGGGGGUCAUGCCAACGUCUCUUGCCCUGUUUACCCCUUAUUUUAGGAAACAAAUUGCCUUAUGGCUUAAAAAAAUCAUUUUGGAAGUGUGACAUGCCAGUAUAAAAGCAUAGACGUCAUGAGUGAACAGCUCAGUGGAUUUCCACAAGUAAACAGGCCCAUGUAACCAACACCUAGAUCAGGAAAUACGGCAUUGCAACCCCCUCAUCACACACACACACACACACACACACACACACACACACACACACACGCAUCUCCAAAAUGCCUGUCCCCGUACACUUUCCUCCCCAAAGGAAACCACUUUCCUGCCUUCCAGUAUCACAGAUUAAUAUGGAACGAUGGCUUUUAAAAAGACUUUUAAUUAUAAUUUUUAAAGACAUAUAAAAGUAGGGGGAACUGUGCACGAAAUCUCCAUGUAGCCAUCACCAGCCCCAUUGUUUGUGAACUCAUGGCCACUCUUAUUUUCUUUUACCCCACCCACCCUCCAAUUUCAACUUCGAUUGUCUUGAAGCAUAUCUCAGACAUCAUAUCAUUUUAUAUGUAAUUGUUUUAGUAUGUAUUUCUAGUCAUUAAUAUUUCACAAACAUAAGAAAAUACCGUAAUUACACCAAAAAUUAAAGAAUAAUUUAUUCAUGCCUCAACUGUCCACUCAGUGUUCAAAUCUCUCCUAUUGUGUCAUAAAUGAUUUCUGUUUGUUUUUUAAGAGUUUGCUUUUAAAUAAAAUAAGAUCCAGAUGUUAGCAGGUGGGGCAUUUUGAUUUUUAAAAACACUCUUUAUGGAAUGAGAACACGUACACAGAAAAGUGCUCAAAUCAUAAGUGUACAGCUGAUGAGUUGUCAGAAUAUGACCACAGCGUUGUAAAGAAAGCCAAAUCAAGGACCCGAAUGUGAGCAGGACCUCAGAAGCCCCCUUUGUCACUGCCUCCCAGCAAAGGCAGCACUAUCCGGACUUCUAACACCAUCGGGUCGAGGGACCUCAGACUGAAUCAAAGGAUGAAGCCUCUGCCCGUGAUGUCAUCUAUGGCCCCCAGCCCCAGCCUCUGGAAAAUCAGCUCCUCUCUGAGGAAACAAAGUCAACUAAGGCUGAGACUGGGCGCAGAGUUGGCAAACUGCCAGAAGCCUCUCGCAUCCUGAACACUAUCCUGAGUAAUUAUGACCACAAACUGCGCCCUGGCAUUGGAGAGAAGCCCACUGUGGUCACUGUUGAGAUCUCCGUCAACAGCCUUGGUCCUCUCUCUAUCCUGGACAUGGAAUACACCAUUGACAUCAUCUUCUCCCAGACCUGGAAUUCUAAGAGGACCCACGAGCAUGAGAUCACCAUGCCCAACCAGAUGGUCCGCAUCUACAAGGAUGGCAAGGUGUUGUACACAAUUAGUUUCCUAUCCUGAGAGUGAGAUGAUCUACAAGUGGGAAAAUUUCAAGCUUGAAAUCAAUGAGAAGAACUCCUGGAAGCUCUUCCAGUUUGAUUUUACAGGAGUGAGCAACAAAACUGAAAUAAUCACAACCCCAGUGGGUGACUUCAUGGUCAUGACGAUUUUCUUCAAUGUGAGCAGGCGGUUUGGCUAUGUUGCCUUUCAAAACUAUGUCCCUUCUUCCGUGACCACGAUGCUCUCCUGGGUUUCCUUUUGGAUCAAGACAGAGUCUGCUCCAGCCCGGACCUCUCUAGGGAUCACCUCUGUUCUGACCAUGACCACGUUGGGCACCUUUUCUCGUAAGAAUUUCCCGCGUGUCUCCUAUAUCACAGCCUUGGAUUUCUAUAUCGCCAUCUGCUUCGUCUUCUGCUUCUGCGCUCUGUUGGAGUUUGCUGUGCUCAACUUCCUGAUCUACAACCAGACAAAAGCCCAUGCUUCUCCGAAACUCCGCCAUCCUCGUAUCGAUAGCCGUGCCCAUGCCCGUACCCGUGCACGUUCCCGAGCCUGUGCCCGCCAACAUCAGGAAGCUUUUGUGUGCCAGAUUGUUACCACUGAGGGAAGUGAUGGAGAGGAGCGCCCGUCUUGCUCAGCCCAGCAGCCCCCUAGCCCAGGUAGCCCUGAGGGUCCCCGCAGCCUCUGCUCCAAGCUGGCCUGCUGUGAGUGGUGCAAGGGUUUUAAGAAGUACUUCUGCAUGGUCCCCGAUUGUGAGGGCAGUACCUGGCAGCAGGGCCGCCUCUGCAUCCAUGUCUACCGCCUGGAUAACUACUCGAGAGUUGUUUUCCCAGUGACUUUCUUCUUCUUCAAUGUGUUCUACUGGCUUGUUUGCCUUAACUUGUAGGUACCAGCUGGUACCCUGUGGGGCAACCUCUCCAGUUCCCCAGGAGGUCCAAGCCCCUUGCCAAGGGAGUUGGGGGAAAGCAGCAGCAGCAGCAGCAGGAGCAACUAGAGCUUUUCCUGCCCCAUUCCCCAAACAGAAGCUUGCAGAGGGUUUGUCUUUGCUGCCCCUCUCCCCGACCUGGCCCAUUCACUGAAUCUUCUUAGCAGCCCAUUUCAGAUUAUUAAUAAAUGGGCCACCUUCCUCUUCUUCAAGGAGCAUCCGUGAUGCUCGGUGUUAAACAUCAUAGCCACUUAGUGAUUAGCUCCCUAAAACCAUGCCUAAGUACAGGCGGAUUAGCUAUCUUCCAACAAUGCUGACAACCAGACAACUACUGCAUUUUUCCAGAAGCGCACUAUUGCCUUUGUAGUGCUUUCAGCCCAGUUCUGGCCUCAGCCUCAAAGUGCACCGACUAGUUGCUUGCCUAUACCUGGCACCUCAUUAAGAUGCUGGGCAGCAGUAUAACAGGAGGAAAAGAUCCCUCUCCUUUGGUCAGAUUAUUAUGUUCUCAGUUCUCUCUCCCUGCUACCCCUUUCUCUGCAGAUAGAUAGACACUGGCAUUAUCCCUUUAGGAGGAGGGGGGCAGCAAGAGAGCCUAUUUGGGACAGCAUUCCUCUCUCUCUGCUGCUGUGACAUCUCCCGCUCCUUGCUGGCUCCAUCUUUCGUCUGCACUACCAAUUCAAUGCCCUUCAUCCAAUGGGUAUCUAUUUUUGUGUGUGAUUAUAGUAACUACUCCCUGCUUUAUAUGCCACCUUCUUCCUUCUCUUUGACCCCUGUGACUUUUUCUGUAACUUUCCCAGUGACUUUUCUUUCUGUAACUUUCCCAGUGACUUUCCCUAGCCCUGACCCAGGCACUAGGCCUUGGUGACUUCCUGGGGCCAAGAAAUGAAGGAAACUCGGCUUUGCAACAGGCAUUACUCGCCAUUGAUUGGUGCCCACCUAGGGCACACUGUAGGAGUUCUAUCACUUGCUUGACCCCUGGACCCAUAAACCAGUCCACUGUUAUACCUGGAGUACUCUAAUGCUCACAAUCAAUCAAUCAAAUUCCCUUAAAUUUGUAUGGCACUGGAACUUUGGCAAAGCACUUUUGACAAGUUGUGUCUAGUUGGAGCUUCAUGAUAGCCCUGCGACAUCUUUAGGGCAGGAUUCUUAUCCCCAUUUUGUAGAUGGAAACCCUGAGGCACAGAUUUCUAUGGGACUGUGGAUCUCACUGGAAGCUAUCCAAGAGCCCACUGUCGCCUUCUAGACCACAGGAUAGGGCUAGGCAGCUCAGUUCACCAUGAUUCUAUUCUGUCACCUCUGCUGGCACACCAGUGGCAGGGCCCAGAAUGGCGACCUCUCUUUAGCUCAAUUUCUGGGCCUGAGGUGCUCAGACUGCCCCCAAGAUCAAAUCUCUCCUGGCUGUAGUAACCCAGUGGAAUGAAUUUGGACAUGCCCCAAUGCUUCUAUAUGCUAAGUGAAAUCUGUGUCUGUAAUUUGUUGGGGGGUGGAUAGGGUGGGGUCUCCAUCUACUUUUUGUCACCAUCAUCUGAAAUGGGGAAAUACGUAAAUAAAUAUAUCAGCAAAGCA